GUAGAACAAUGCUUGAAGCGCCUAUGGAAAAUGAACUUGGUGGGCUGCAUUGAAACUCUGGCAGAACUGAUACCCAGGAAAAAGGCAUCCCAAGGCAAUGCAGAGUGCUUGGUUCCCAGCCAGCCUGUACUGGAAACAGUGGCUCUGAAGGUGCUGGGAGGUUGCAAGCUCCUACUACGUCUACUGGACUGUUGCUGUAAAGCUUUUCUCUUGUCCAUUAAACAUCUCUGCUCAGAAGAAUUCAUACUUUUGAACACUGUGGCUUCAGGGUUGUUGAGCCGGCUAUGGAUUCAAUACAGGUGUGUAUUGCAGAGCCUUAUGUCCUUGUAUGGCACGUUAUCAGCAUCACUUCAUCUGGUAUCUGAGACGCAACAGAUACCUUACAUCAGGGGGUUUACCUUCCCAUCUGAUAUCUGUAACUUCCUUGGAGUUAAUGUUUCUUCUGAGAUGAAGAAGCAAAAGGCUAGAAUGCUUACAACAAAAAAAUCUACCAGCUGGAUGAAGAAGUUCUUCCCAACAAUGCCAGAGGCAGUGUCAAAGGUUGGGAAAAAGAGAAAUUCUGUGACCUGCAGGAGUGCUGUGAAAAACUGUAGCAUGCAGUGCUGCAUGGACGUCGGAGAGCCAGUUCUGGUGACUGGAGCCAGCAGAGGGAAGCACCUGGGGCUUGAUGUGAAGAGCUUACUUAGACCAUCCAGACCUCCAGCACAAGAGGGUAGAAGCAUUGCAUCAGCACCUUUUAAAGCAAAGUCUGCAUCACUUUCCUCUCGGAUAGCGAAACUGGAGCAUGCUGGAUCUCUUGUACAGAUGGUCCAAACAGCUACGUCAUUUGGGGAGCUGUCAGAGGCGCUCAGAAAAGUUAUUCUGUGGUGCAAAGGCAACAAAUUCAAGCCAGAAGUUUAUUUUCUGCGUAACAAGUUGUUGAAAAGCAACCGGCUGCACCAUGUGGAGGCUCAAGGAUACAGCUUGAAGAAAAAACUCUGCUGUGUGAAAACAUCUGUCCGUAAAUACCUCCUGUAUGGGUCACAGAAGGCAUGCUGGCCAAAGCAGCACUUCCGGGCACAGUUCUGUCAAAGGAGGUUCAAGUCAUCCACAUGUUCGAAGAGAACUCUGAAGACUGUUUGGCAAAAACCUCCUGAGAUUUUUGGAGUCCGUGACAACAGUGUAUCACCCAUUCUCCGAGCUUACCAGGAUGGGCCUCUGAGUUGGGCAGGACAUUCCAGUGCUGACAGAGGCUGUGUCAGACUAAGCGCAGCAGAGACCCCUAAGCAGCUGCUGCUACUACAAGGAAGCCCUGGCCCUGUGUGGAGAGAAUCUACUGAGAACAUGGAUAUUGAUUCUAUUUUUGCAACAAUAGGUGUUUGA